UGGUUAAAAUUAGAGAUGGAUUGUUUGUUUCCUUGUUCUUUUUUAUGGUUGAAAUGAGAGAUCAAUUGCUUUGUUUCUCUGCCAUCAUUUUGAUGGCUGAGAUGCGAUGAAUUAUUGAAUGGUGAUCCUGUUUUAGGUUUAGAGUUUAAUAACGAGUUCAUGCCUUAUCUUAAUUUGCUCAUGAACUUGCUGCAUGCUUUUUGAAGUUUUGAUUAGACCUGGAUUGAGUUGCUGGUUGUCUAUUGCAAUUUUCAGGACUAUGUGGGAAAUUUCAGCAAAACUCAGGGAGAAGUUUCUCCGGAUAUUCUUAAAUUUAAGCGAGUUUAGGGUCUAAAAUUGUUCAGGGUUUUGUCAGGAGGACUCCUUGACUUGUUGCAUUUGAUUAAGCCUUUGGGGCUAUUCCAUUGGGUGCUUUGGAGCUCUUUAACUUUGCUGCAAGAGAGCUACAGAUGGGAACUCAUGAAAUGGAGAAAGGUGCUCGUCAAGUAGAAGUCUUACAUCUUCUUUUGAAGUGAAAAAUCUGGUUUUCUGACACUCGGAGGGUGACUUGUUUCACAAUUAAGAACAAGAAUGUGUCUGAGGUCAAAGUCAAACUCUUUGUUUUAUUGCUUAACAUACAUCCCAGACCUGGGAUCAAAUGGUCAUGGAAAACCACCAUAUUUAAGGUGCAGUAUCUAUCUUUUCUCUGAAUGUCUAAAACUUUGCCUCUUGAUAUGAUAUGGGACUUCAAGUGUCUGUUGAAGAAAGGUCUGACCUUAAUCAACACUAACCCUUCCCUAUUCUUCUCCAUCUUCCAUGCAAGAGAUGCUAGGCUCUGAUGAAAACCUUGAGCCCACUGGCGAACUAAGUGUUAGUUUUGGCUACCAUUGUAGUUUAAAUCAGAAUACCUCUGAUGACGAUAUCGAUAUCUCAACUGUUCCAGAUAGCCAAAACUCAACUAUAGGGAAGAGGAGUAGCUCAUUUUCUUGCCUAUCUGGGGCUGCCCUUAGUGCCAAUGCUACGUUGGCAAACACAAAUAUAUGUAAUGGUCUCAUUGCUGAAGAAAUACUCCCUAGUUUCGAUUCUCCAAAAUCAUUUAGAAGGUUGCCCUCCUCCUCAUCCCUCUCAAGGUUAGAUCCAUUCUUUUCCUCCUCACAAAGCAGUGUAUCCACUUUAGGGGGGACCAUAUCGACUGAGAGUGAUAUGCUCGAAAGCAACAGGAGUAUAUCGAUGAAACCCAUGAGUGCCCCAACAAGGCUUGAAGCCUCAAGUUUUCUCAAUGCAAUGGAUGUUCAAAUGGCUGGUGGUGCUGCAGGUGAAGAUAGGGUCCAAGCUGUUUGCUCGGAAGAAAAUGGGUGGCUCUACUGUGGUGUCUAUGAUGGAUUCAAUGGUCGAGAUGCAGCUGAUUUUCUCGCUGGGACACUAUAUGAUAAUAUUGGGUUUUACUUGCAUUUGUUGGAAUGGCGCACAAAGCAACAAGGUGGGUCGACGCUUGCCCCUUUGUCCUCAAAACUUCCUCUUGAUAGUUUACCAGAAGACACCAGUAUUCCUUUGAAGCUCAACAAAUUGGGAGCUUCACUUACCGAACCCAUUUUCCCAAUAUCUCUAUAUGGUGAAAUUUCUUCUGAGGCAUUUCGAAAUGGUGUAAUCGAUUGCCUAAGGCGAGCAAUUUCUCAAGCUGAGAGUGAUUUUAUGUACAUGGUGGAACAGGAGAUGGAGGAUCGGCCUGAUUUAGUCUCUGUUGGGUCGUGUGUGCUAGUUGUUCUCCUCCAUGGAAAUGACUUGUACACCCUGAACAUAGGGGACAGCAGAGCUGUGCUUGCAAAGAGUGAGGAUGGUUCUGUAACAUCUGUUCAACUUACUGAUAGCCAUACAGUUGAGAAUGAUGAGGAGCGCAUGAAGUUAUUGGCUGAACAUCCUGAUGAUGCCUCAACAAUCGUUGGGGGAAGAGUUAAAGGGAAGCUGAAGGUUACUCGCGCUUUUGGUGUGGGUUAUUUGAAAGAGAGCAAAAUGAACGAUGCUCUGAUGGGUAUUCUUCGAGUCCGCAAUUUGUGCAGUCCACCAUAUAUUUCUGCUAAUCCAUCAAUAGGGAUCCACAGAGUUACAGACGGUGAUUUGUUUGUGGUUAUUGGGAGCGAUGGAUUAUUUGAUUUUUUCAGCAACGAUGAAGUGGUUGAGCUAGUCCACCAGUUUAUUGAGAAAAACCCAUUUGGUGAUCCGGCAAAAUACCUUCUUGAACAACUUUUACUGAGAGCUGCUCAAAAUGCAGGUUUUAGCAUAGAAGAGUUAAUGAGAAUUCCUGCCGGGAGGAGGAGAAAAUACCAUGAUGAUGUGACAGUCAUUGUAAUUAUGCUUGGAAAUAAGCAGCGCACAUCAACUGCAUCAACGUCGUUUUAGGUAGGUAAGUUCGAGGUCAAUUCUCCUGAAUGUUGUAUUUCCCUUUCUUUAUGUAACAUGCCCAUAAGCUGUGUUAUAUGAAGCGGAUGGCCAUGUGCAUCCUUGAUGGAUCAAUUCUUUGUGCUGUAGGAAUUAUUGGGAUGAAAUGAUUGUAUAGUAUUAUUUCAUCAAUGAGUUUUUGCACCCCUUCAUUGUAAUGGUUCACAAAACUCGGUGUAAAAGCUUGUCGACUUAUAAGAACUUAUAAAUGCAGGAGUUGAGAUAUGUUCAUUCAUUAA